AGCCACAACGAAGCGUGUGCGGCUCGGCCUCUUGGAGGUUGGAGCUGGUUGCCUUUUGAUUUGUAUGGCCAUCUGGCCUUGCCCCUUGGACAUGUUCCAAGAGCUGGGCUUUCGUUAAUCCCGUGGUCACCAUGAUUUGGUCCCUUCCGUGUCUCCUCUCUCGCUCUAUAUAACAGGCCCACCCCUGCAGCAUCUCUCCUCGCAUCUCAAACAGAUCCUCAGAGAGAAGAGAGAAGCUCCUCGAGAGAGAUACAGAGAAAGAGCUAGCGCAGAGUUGAACGGAGAGCUGAAGUUCAAUUAGUCCCCUGCUUGCUUCUUCCAUGGAGAGAGUUGCAUCAAGCUGCGUCGGCCACCUGGCUCAAAGGAGGGCCUACUCCGUGGCCGCGGCCAUGGCGAAGGGAGCCGGGCGGAGGGCCGACGACGAGAAGAAAGCGGCGGCCAAGCGCGUGAUGGGCAAGAAGGAAGUGAACACCGCAGCUGCGGAGAAGACGGCGUGGGUGCCGGACCCGGUGACCGGGUACUACCGCCCGGCGGGUGGCGCCAAGGAGGUGGACGCGGCGGAGCUGCGCGCCAAGCUGCUCACGCAGGCGGCCAACUGAUGAUGAACCCAAGUCACUUUGACUUUUCGAACCAUGAGUUAUCAGCCGAGGUAGCUUGUCUUGCUUUGAGAUCGGCGCUCGUUGAUCGCCGGGCUCCGUGGCCUAGAGCUAGCGUGAGGGUGCUGUAUCUUUGCAGCAUAGUAGUUUCUUCGGCGACUGCUUCAUCUGAUUUAGGUUUUGAGACAUGCAAGUCUGCGAUCUUCUUGCCUGCUGCCUCGUGACCUACUUGACUGCUAUUCAGUCCAGAAAGAAAGAACGAACUAAGCGUGCAAGGUUCAGUGUUAAUUAUUGUAUUUCAGCUUGUGUUUUCCCUUUACGUUUCAUGGUUAAUUUCAGUUUAGUCCGUUACAGUUAACUUCUGCCAA